AUGCAUCCUGAUGAUACGAUUUCGUUGAGUGUAAUGUCAUUUCCUGAAGAGACGAAGAAGAUGGAGCUCAUGUCAUUCACAAAAACUGUAGCGGAUGUGAUGCAGGAAGUUGAGGAGUCUGCUAAAAGGGAGAUUGAAGUAUCACUCAAUCCACCUUUAGAGGCUUCUGAUAAGGCACCACCAGAGCCUACGGAUGACAGGGUCAAGAUUGUCAUUACAAUUCAGGACAAAGAUGAAAAGAAGCAAUGCCGUGUGUUUGCGGAUGAGAAGUUUGAGCAGGUUUUCAAAAUGUAUGCAGAGAAAGCUGAGCUUAACCUGCAAAAUCUUGUAUUUAUUUUUGACGGUGAUAAGAUUGAUCCAUCGACCACUCCUGCUGAACUUGAUAUGGAGGAUCAUGAUUUGAUCGAAGUACACACCAAAAAAAGUUGA